AUGGCCUGUCUGCUGCUCGCGCUCUGCAUCCUGCCGGACCCGGCCGCUGCGGCAGUGGGGUCACCUAGCGGCGCCUCAGCCCGCAGCCCGUCCGUCGCCCCCCACAUCGGCGACCUUGUGCCGCUCACCAUGUACAUCAGAGCGAAGCGGCAGAUCCGGCACGCCUUCAUCUCCGUCGCCGAUCAGCAACUAGCGGUGGACGAAGAGGCGGUGGUCGACAACGCCGAGGGCAAUGUCGAGGCCGCCACAUCCGUGGAAGUGCUGCGACCGAAGGACCUCGACCUGCCAUCUCUAGGUGCCACCAGAGGCAAGCACGAAAACCAGGUUGUGCGCCUGCUGCCACCAGCGUUUAGCCCACGCUUCGGCAUCAACAAAGCCGUCACGAUCGCGGCGAACAGCACCCUGCGUGCGGCCGGUCAGAGCCUGCACGAGGACAAGACGCUGCAGCAGAGCGACUUGGCGUUCCGCUUCAGUGUCGGCAGAGGGCUACACAAGGAGUCGACAUGGUUGCCGCUGGCGGCCCGCAAGAAAUACACGAGUCAGCUCUCCGAGACUCUCGCUGGCCGGCUACAUGAGCUGCAAGCCGCGCAAGCCGCCGACGCCGCAGCGGAGCGUCAGCGCGACGAGGAGGCCGCCGAGGCCAUGGACAACACGGCCGCUGCAGUCGCAGCGCAGAAGGUGCAGUACCUCUCCCGCGUCACCUUCUUCUUUGGUUAUCGCAGAGGCGAUCUGCAGAAGAUGACGUCCUUUUCUAUCACAGCGCAGUACUCGCCAGAGGUGAAACCGGGUGUUGAGCUGCAGUUCCUCUGGAGCGAGCACCGCCCCUACAACCCAAAUCGCGCAGUGACGCUGUGCAGUGCCGUGGCGGUAUUGGUGUCGAUGAUCACCGUGUUGGCCGUGUUCCACCCGUCCAGUCGGAGUAUGCUGCUGUUCAGUCAACGCAUCGUCGCUGUGCGGGCCCACGACUGA